UAAAAAACAAAUAAUGUAACAUAUUUUAUAAAUUGAUCUCAAUUACCUCUUUUUCUACAGGCUUAUUUAUUUGCUUUUAUCCCGAAUCUUCUCAAACAUUGGCUGAAAUGAGUGAUUUAGAUAUUCCAAUUGACAUUCAUUCUUCAAAGCUUCUAGACUGGUUAUUAAGUCGCAAGCAUGUUAAGCCAGAUUGGACUAUUAACUUGGGUGCUAUUCAAACCAAAAUUAAUGCUGCCGUGAGUGACAUUCCUAGAAAUACGGAUAUAGCAUGCUUAUUGUCAGGAGCUUAUAUUCAUUACUUUCAUUGUAAGGAUAUCGCAAAUGUACUAGCUGGUACUGAAGAUGGAGCCAGGAAUGUUUUUGGAGGGUAUAGCUCAAAAAGAAUGAAUGACUGGAUGGAAAUCAUAAAGAUGUAUGAGAGAAAUAACGUUUUUAUUGCCGAAUGCGCUAGGUUGCUAAGCACCAGCGUUUAUUUUGAUGUACCCGCAUUACGAAAGAAGAUACAGAAGCUUGAACAAAUGCAACAAGAUGUUGAGAAACGUGAAUCUGAACUCCUAAAGACUCACUCAGUGCUUGAAGCAGAUUUCAAAGCAGAAUGUGACGUGUUGGGAAUAAAAGGAAAAAAUAUAAGAGAAGAAUUACUAGCCAUUGUGCCUGAACUAAUGAAUAUUUAUUCAGGGGUUGUGGAAGCUUUACAUUCCAUAGAACCUGCAGUUGAAGUGUAUAAAAGAUUCAAAAAUAAAAGAAAUGUAAAGGUAGGACUAGACGUUGUUAGACAUAUUCUUGAAUUUGGUAACACGACCGUUUAUCAAUUCAUACACUGCAAGGAACCGAAGCGUGUUGUAAGUAUAUAA